UCCGCAUUCAGCCCAUGCUUUGGAGGCCGAUGGCAGCAGCAUGAGUGGAGCCCAACAAGUGGAAGCCAUGACGGCAGCUCCGGGACUACGCGACCGGGACACCCACACUGCUGCGUUCGAGUUCAAAGUGUUCGACGUUGUCAUCGUUGCCUUGGCCUUGUGCAUCCUCGCUGUCACCGUCCUGUACUUCAUCACCGUCUGCUACAACCGCAGCAGGCAGUCGAAGAGAGCGCACGUGUACGAGAGCGCGGUGACCCGAGGCGAGCCGGCGGCCCCCGUGGCGGUCAGAGGCGUGAAGAGGUCCACCAGCUUCAUCAACCCUCUGGCCUUCUUCAGGAAACCAGAGGCGGCCAAGGACAACUCCAGGAUCUACUACAUCUACAGCAACCCGCUGCCCGUGGGACUGAGGGAGGAAGAGGAGGAGUGGGCCGGGAAAGAAGCCCCCCGCAGACCAGCGGGGCAAACCGCAGGGAGGCUGCCGCGGUCUUUCCAAGAGUACGCCAAUGACCCCGACAGCGGCGUCACCUUGGACCCCCCCAUAUUCUACAUGCAGCUGUAGAAGGUGGUGAAGAGCGAGGAGGGAGAACGUCGAGGCGCACCAGAGAGACGUCGCCACCUGAGCCGGUGUGAGCUGACUCGGCAGAUGUGUGUAUCAAAACUAAAGAUAUGCCCCCGUGUCACGGGGCCCUGGGAAAGGGAACCUCCACCCAUUUUACUCAAUGAAUUGCGUUUCGUAAUCAUGGGUGUCAAAAAGAAGAAGUCUGUGGUGAUGUCAUCGUGAUGUUGUCAGGGUUACCUCUGCAAAGACUUCGAUCACAGAAAGCCUGCGUUAUAGACUUGGGGGGGGGGGUAUGACGUUUGACAGAGGUGGGUGUAUACCAGGCAAGGAACUUGAAACGCUACACAGUUGCAUUGUGGGAAAUGUAGGAUUUGAAAGGGUGGCCCAGAUUGUGGACUAAAGUUCUGCAUGUGUUUAUUGCUGCUUCCAUUUUGGCCAUUCCUUGGUUGCAUAUGCCCGGCACGUCCACAGCUCAAGGGCCCGAUGAACCUGAGGGCAGCUCGUUGUGUGUGUGUGUGUGUGUGUGUGUGUGUGCUUCUCAUCACCAUAAUCAAGCCUUUUCAAAUACUUUGCUAUCUCCACACUGCCAGAUGGAACACUUUAAUACCGUCCUGCUGCCACUGUUUCACAAUAAUAAUAGCCCCGAUGUCAUAUCUCUCUCUGGUCUUUGACACGUUGUGCAGCUGGGUAACAUCUUUGUUAUAGUCUUAUGAAAGUACAACACUGAAUCAAUGGUGUGACCAAGGGAAACGGUGUGUUAACUAUUUCUUAAUCCACUGUUUUACAUGCAAAACAAUACAAGGCCGUGUGUCUGA